UACGCACCAACACUGAUGAUGGUAGGUACAGGUGUGCGCAUGUGCAGAAGGAGCACCGGGUCCGCCUCAGUCCGGACCCAGGCGCAGGGGCUGAUGGGAGUACAGCAGGCGCUCGUGCCCGUCCUUCCGUUGCUGCUGCUCCUGGUGCACGCGGCUCGGCCCCUCCCGGACCCGCUGCUCACCUUCCGGGACACGGACCCGGUGAGCGGGAAAACCCUGGAGUGUGACCGCUGUCCUCCGGGGACUUUUUUACGCGCGCGGUGCACGGCCACGCGCAAGACCGUGUGCGAGACCUGUCCCCCGGGCUCGUUCACGGAGCUGUGGAACUACGUGCCCAAGUGUCUGCGCUGCGGCGUGUGCGCGCACAACCAGGUGGAGAAGAGCGCGUGCACGGCCAGCAGCGACUGCCAGUGCGCGUGCAAGGACGGAUACUUCUUCAAAGAGACAUACGGGAUGUGCCGCCGGCACGCGGAGUGUCCGAGCGGGCACGGAGUCCUGACAACAGGCUCCGCCCUCGUCGACACCAUCUGUCAUGUCUGUCCAAACGGAACCUUCUCUGACGUGGUGUCGUCUGUGAGGAACUGCUCCGCCCACCGCAGCUGCGCCGCCGCCAGGUUGAAGCAGGUGAUGAGAGGCUCCGCCUGGCACGACAGCGUGUGCGCCAACUGCACCGAGCUGCAGACGCAAGAUGGCGCCGAUUUCCUCCGACAAAUCCUCCCGAAGUACUUCGUCCACCACAAACUGUCUCUGCGACGUCUGCGUCAGUUCGUGCGUAAACUUCCGUCCGAGGACAGAAAGAAAACGGCGGGAAACGUCUCUGGCCUCGACGUGUCCGGACUCCAUUCGCUGCUGGACGCCUGGAUCGCCGCGGCGACGGUGGCUGACAUCCGCCGGCUCCCGGACGUCCUGACCAAGAUCGGCGCGAACAACAUCGGCGACCGACUGCUCAACAAGCUGCGGAAAAUCGAAUCCCAGCUGACACACCUGACGGACACAUGUUCCACUGACGCACCGACGACAGCGUAAACGAGGAGGAAAUCCAAACAUGGAGGACUCGUUCUCCGCCCACGGCUCCGCCUCUGAGUCCAGACUCCGAUGGAUCGGACUAGGGAUAGCGAUAUAAUUUUUCUUCCAUAGAAAUAUGAGACAUGUUCGAUACAAAUUUAACAGAAUUCUUUGGUCCAUAUUUUAACAAACAUAAGAACAGCCAAUCAAGAGUAAAGCAGCACCGCAACGAACCAAUCACACUAGAGCACAGGUGUCAAACAUGCGGUCAGAGGGCCUAAUCCGGCCCACCAAAGGGUCCAGUCUGACCCUGGGACGAAUUCAUGAAAUGCAGAAAUUACACUAAAGAUAUGAACGGUCAAGGAUGUUGGAAUCACACUGAGUCAAACUGAAGCUAAAGUGAGUCAGAACCAGUAAAAUAGGAUCUUAAUAGUAAAUCGUGAGAAAGGCAAAUCUGUCUCUUUGUGUUAGUGUAAAAAAAUUAUGUUACACAAAAAUGUUUACAUUUACAGACUAGCCUUUUACAAAAAAUGUGAACAACCUGAAAUGUCUUAAGAGAAGAAUGUGGAAUUGUACCAGUAUAUUCUCUUA